UAUUAAAGAAAUAAUGUCUGAAGCACCAAAACCAAUUUACCUGAAUCUUUCAGCUGAUGAUCCUGAUUUGGGAACAACAGAAAUUGAAUCAAUGUGCAUGAAUUGUCAUAAAAAUGGAACAACAAGAUUACUGCUUACAAAAAUUCCUUUUUAUAAAGAGAUAGUGUUGAUGUCAUUUUCUUGUGAUCAUUGUGGCUUUCAGAAUAAUGAAAUUCAGUCUGGAGCUGAGAUUCAACCGAAAGGAAUAAAAUUAACUUUAACAGUGAAAGAUGUUACAGAUCUUAAUAGAAGAAUUGUAAAAUCUGACUACAGUGCUAUAAGAAUUGAAGAAUUAGAUUUUGAAAUUCCAGCAAAGUCUCAAAAGGGAGAAGUCACAACACUUGAAGGCAUCAUCGAACGGGUUAUUAAUGGAUUAAGUCAAGAUCAGGAACAGAGAAGAAAAGAUCAUCCUGACGCUGCUGAUCAAAUUGACCAAUUCAUUGGGAAACUCAGGGAACUUAAAGAAGUUAAAACUGAAUUUACUUUUAUUCUUGACGAUAUUUCUGGAGACGCUCAUAUCGAAAAUCCAAACGCACCACAUCCAGAUGAAAACGUCGUUUCAGUUCUUUACAACCGAACGAAAGAACAAAACCAUUUAAUUGGAAUAUAUGAGAAAGAUGAACUUGAGAAUGAAGAAAGAAAUGAACAACAAGAAGCGAAUGAGAAACUAAAACCAAUUCAAGCAGAUGAAUGGCCUUUGGAAGAGUUGCAUGGUGAAGUUUUACAGUUUGCAACAAACUGUCCUGAAUGUCAUGCUUCUUGUGAAACUAACAUGAAAGUAACAACCAUUCCGCACUUUAAAGAUGUCGUCAUUAUGGCAACUGUUUGUGAAGCUUGCGGUUUGAGAACGAAUGAAGUAAAAUCUGGUGGUGGAAUCGAAGAAAAAGGUGUGAAGAUAGAAGUUAAAGUGAUUUCUCGUGAAGACUUUUCAAGGGAUGUCCUGAAAUCAGAAACGUGUAGUGUCGCAAUAAGAGAAUUAGAUGUUGAAGUUGGACCAUCAGCAUUAGGCGGACGGUUUACUACAAUUGAAGGCCUUUUAACUGCUAUGAGAGAUCAAUUAGCUGAACAGAGUGCAAUGUUUGGAGAUUCAGCUGAUAGAGAGUGUCAAAAUCGUAUGGACAGGUUUCUUGAUCAAUUCAAUGAAGUGCUUAGUGGUUCUAAAAUGAUUACAGUCAUUCUUGAUGAUCCCACAGGAAACAGCUACGUUCAAGCAUUGACAGAUGACGAUUCCACUGAUUCUGAUCCCAAUCUAAGAAUCAUUCAUUACCAUCGUUCACAUGAUCAAAACGAGGAAUUAGGAUUAAAUGAUAUGAAAGUUGAAGGAUAUGAAGAAGAUUCAUGAAAAUUUUAUUUUCAAAGAAAAUUGAAUUAAUAAAAAAGAAAAUUUGAUAACAAAAAUUAAA